GCAGUAAGAAUUACUUUUCUAUAUAGUGUUUUUGUAACUAUGUUGGAGCGUUGAAUAAAAAUUCAGUCCUCCCACACUAUAGACGCCUAAAGGUCUUUCCAAAUUCUUGUCUGGAACAUUUCACUUUCCGACCGCGACCAUGUCUGCUCCGGAGAACAGUUGUGACCGCUGGUUUCGCAAGAGUUUCGUGCCCACUCCUUGCACCAAGUGCUCCACGCCAACUAAGGGGAAGUGCAUCGACUACAAGGUGACUGCUCCUCCGGAGGGUGUGGUAGAGCCGCAGGCCAAUAUCAUACAGGCGGUCAUCGAGCCGGAUGGACCAGUGAGGCAGCAGAUAAACAUCCAUGCGGAAUGCAGCAAGCCAAGGCCACUCCUGGAGUCGGAUAAGGACAAGCUCCGAUGCUGCACCAUGUGCGUGGCACAGGAGCAGAAUAUAAGUCCCAAUCUCUGCAGUGCGGCAUGUCGGCCUCUCAAGACUUACUUGCAUUUGGAAGAGUGGACAAAGAGACCACUUCCUAAGCCCACGUAUAAGAACGCGGUUGUACUUGAUCCUACCACGAUAGCCGGACGCUGUUUUCCGUGCAAGUUCCGGUUGAAGCGUUUGAAGAACAAGUGCCUGGAUUGCGGCCGGGACUUGUACUUCAGGUAUCCGAUCACGAACAACAGCGACCUGCUGCUCCUGCAGAACUGCUGCGACGUGGAGGUGUAUCCAAUGAAGAAGGUGGAGAACAUGAACAAUGUCAAGGUUACCAAGAUAUCCGGGGAGAAGAAGUUCGCCAACAGUCUGCUCAAGGAGCGAUCAGAGUGCAGGCUGCAUAACUUGGCCUACUAUCUGGCUCUGGCCCAAAAACAGGCACCUCCUGUCAAGAAGGUGGAUUUGGGUGCGAUUGACCGGAAGAGUAGGAAAAGUUCUAGAAAGAGUAGAAAGAGCACUAGGAAGAGCAGGAAGAGCAAAAAAGGAUAAACCCCCAAUAGCACAUACCAUCUAAACAAACAGGCUCAAUUAGUUUAAAUUAUAAAGUAAAAGAACAGUAUAAAAUGAAAAAAAAAAUUAAUAACCUUAUGUAAAAUCGAAAAUAAAAGGAUAAUAAAAUAUCUCUAUUUUCACUCAA